AUCAUUUUAACGAUAAAUUAUUUUCUAAUAUAUACUGUUUUUAAACAGUGAUAAGAACUUAGAACUGUCAGAAAAACUGUAUCAAUAUUCCUAAUAGCCAGUUCAAUCUGAAAAAACAUAAAAUUCUUGGUUGCUUAAUAUUAUUAUUUUCUUUGAUAAUUUUACUGCCAAUGUAAAAAUCACACCAUGAUUGUGCCUUAUUCCAAAACCAUCCCUUCCUUUUUUACAGUAAUGGAAGGAAAGAGAAAAGAGAGAAAAAGCAGAUUAGAUUAAAAAGGUUGAUCCCCGACAUGAUUAUGUUUAGAAAUAUAGUGGAAUACUCCUCCCCAACAGGGCCAAAACACUAAAAACGGGGGUGCUCUUAAGAAUCUUCUCUUUCCUACUCUGCAAAUUAAAAAACCUCAACCUCAUCUUCACAGCAUAUUUGUAAUCUCCUGUUUUUUAGCAUUCCUUCCUGAGUUUUUACAUUUUUCUGCUUGGAUUAGUUUCAGGACAUAUAUCUUAAAGCUUUGUACGUUACUGGGUCUUAAAGAAAAACUUUGAUGUCUAUGCCCUUUGAAGAACAUGAUUACAUAGGCUUAUCAGAGGUUCCUGCAAUGGUGAACUCUGAAAAGAAUGCCCUUUUGGUAGGAGAGAGCGAGAGGAAGAGUGAGAAAGGUUUGAACUUGAAGGCUACUGAGCUCAGGCUAGGCUUGCCUGGUUCAGAGUCGCCGGAGAGGGAAGCUGGAGGAGAUGAAAAGAAUGGUCUUUCACUGGGUGGUCUCAAGGGUGGUUUAGUUUCAGGUGCCAAGAGGGGCUUCUCUGACACCAUUAAUGGUGGUUCUGGCAAGUGGGUUUUUCCUGGGAGUGGUGGAUCUGAGGCGGAUUUGGCCAAUAAUGGUGGCUUGUUUUCUCCCAGAGGUGGUAAUGGUGCUGAAAAUGGCUCUCAGCAGGCUUUUGUUACUUCUGGAGUUGGGAAAGAAACUCUCCCUCAGACUCCCAAGCAAGCUCAGGAGAAGAAACCUCAAGCUUCUGCUGCCCCUGCUGCCAAGGCACAGGUGGUUGGAUGGCCUCCAAUUCGUUCUUUCCGAAAGAACUCAAUGGCUAUUAAUCCUCCUAAGACUGAGGAAGAUGCGGAUGCUAAAUUAGGAGCUGGCUGCCUAUAUGUGAAGGUCAGUAUGGAUGGUGCCCCCUACCUGAGGAAAGUUGACCUCAAGACUUACAGCAGCUACAAGGAUCUGUCCUCAGCUUUGGAAAAAAUGUUCAGCUGUUUUACAAUUGGUAAUCCUUUGCUAAGCUCCUUCCCUGCUACUGUCAUUUUUAUUACAAUUGAAUACUUGUUUCAUCUUUUUGAGAUCCACAGGAUUUUCUUUAUCAAGUAGAUCAGGAGAACCUUAGGUUGUCAUCAGCGUGUUUCUUUGACCUGGAUUCCUUGUCAUAAGUCAAAUAAAUUGCACUGUGACAUUGACUACCCUGUUAAUGUUUCUUCUCAAGUCUCAACAUUCCUUAGAAAAUUCAGCCUGGUAGUAACUAAGCUUCAAUGAAAUUUUCCUUGUCAUCCUGCAGUUCCAGUGUGAGGAAAUGGUAGUGAGUGGUUUUUUAUCUAUCGAUGGUAAGAUUUCAUCCUGUGUGGGCGGAGCAUAAGGUCUACUGUCGCAUUGACUUUGACUAGAUCUUAUCCCCCUUUUGCAAAAACAAGGUGCCAGGUACAAAUGUUUAUGGGGCUAACAAUUAAUGGGUAGUGGGACGAAUGACCUAACUGAAGUGACAUCUUUUUCAUUCAUGUAAUAAGAUGUGGUUGGUUCUUUCAAAUAGUAGCAGGUAUUUUCCUUAACAGUUUCCUGGAGAACUAAAAGUUGUCUAAGACAAAUAAGGAAAUAUCUAGUUUUCCUCUUUGGCGGCUCUCUAUAUUAAAAGAUGGAUAUCCAAUUCUGUUCCACGAUUUUUGUAGAGUUAUAUUUGUUCCUUUUAUCUGAUUUCUGUAGUUGUAAAUUCUAUUCAUUGCCACUUUAGUAGGUCUCGCAAUUACUAUGUAAAUAUCGUAGUGAUAAAAUUGUGAGCAGUUUCAUUUCCAGAAUUGAUGUUUAGGGAUGUGAUUUUUACCAUACACUUUCUUGUCUUCAGGUCAGUGCAGCUCCAAUGGGGUUCAUAUGCGGGAUGGACUGAGUGAAAGUCGAUUAAUGGAUCUUCUUCAUGGUUCUGAAUAUGUUCUUACAUAUGAAGACAAGGAUGGUGAUUGGAUGCUUGUUGGUGAUGUACCUUGGGAGUAAGUAUUUCCCCGAAUUAUUUCUAAAUCUACAGGGCUACUAAUAUCUCUCUAAAAGUCAUAAAUUUAGAUCCAACCACCAUAGAGAAAAUGCAACGAUGUAGAGUUCUCACUGUUUCAACGCGGAAGUUGUGAUUCUGUAGUAGUAGACUAUUGCCAGUUUAGUCCUUUUAUUGUCAUGCUGCCUGCUCAGUUUCGGAUGACUGAUUUUCUGAGAUUGCAUUUAUGGUUGCAGAAUGUUUACAGGCUCUUGCAAAAGGUUGAGGAUUAUGAAGGGUUCUGAUGCAAUUGGAUUAGGUAACCAUUUAAGCACAUUCCAAAUUCUUAUUGUUCCUUACCAUCUAAACUUUAUGAAUGUAAAAGUGGUUCUGUUACAUUCCCAUUGCGAUUGAUCACAAUCAUUAUGAUUGCAUGCUUCUCAGCUAAAGAACCAUUCCACCUAACUUUAAGAUGGCUUUUUCUUUUCGAGGCAUUUCUUUAAACCAUAUGUAUAAAAAAGGAGGCUAAGCUUCAUUGAACCAUAAUCAUUAAUCAGUUUUUGACCAGUCAAAAAAGCAAAAGGACUUUGUAAUAAUAUUUUUUUGCCAACAUUUUAUUUGUAUGUUUGCAGCCCCUAGGGCAAUGGAGAAGUGCAAAAACCGUAACUAAGUGCAAAAUUCUGCUGCAAAAAAAAAAAGGAAAGGAUCAGUUUCCUGCAUUGAAAAGAACUCAACGAUUCCUUGGUAUUGGUCGUGUUGCUGGAAGCCUUGAUUUGGUCUGAAAAUCAAGCAGUUGGAUUUGAUUCAAGUGUAUGUUAUUGUAUGUUAAGGUUUUUUGUCUGAUGUACUGAAGAACAAUUUUAGCAAAAGGAGUUGAUGAGUAUAAAACCAGAAGAUAGUUUUACUCUAGUUAUGUUAGAAGAAUGUGUACUUUUGUGUACUCUUGAAUGCUGGCUCCUCAAAGUUUCAACACUACCUCUAUGUAUAUGUUUGGUUUGUUUGGCUCAAGUCUACUUCCUCCACAGUUGCUUUACAAAAUUCAAACCAUCCAUCAUCCAGUUUGGAAGUGAAAAAAACACCAAUAUUUUCAUGCUUGCUAGUGGAAGCGCCAACACAAAAUUGGCAAGCAAUACAAGCAUUUGUUCUAAGCCACUUGUGACUAUUAUGGAGUAUAUUAUUCAUAUCAUACAAAAUAAUAAUUUUAGGACGAAAAAAAUAUACAUGUUUAGAAUCAAAGGUGCUUACAUAAAAGUAAAUUGAAUCCCAU